UGUGUGUGUGUGUUUGAGAGAGAGAGUUUCUAUGUGCUGAACAGGAGUGAGGGAGAAAGAGGCACAGUGCUGAGGAGGGGAAGAGCUGAGCAGAAUCACUUCAAAUCCAGGGGAUUUCUAGAGUGUCCUCCAGCCGACAAGUGAGAGUAAAGGCUUUAACUCCCGAAAACACUCGGACAAACACACCGUAGCUCUGUGGAUGGGCGACUGCUGCUACAGUAUGAAGGCUCUUUGUUUGAACUUUGCCAUCACCUGUCUGUGUCUCCUUUCCUGUACGGAACAAGAGUCAUCCAGGCCUUUAGACCUGAAGAACCAGCAGUGGAGGGAAGUGCAGGCAGGGGGAGAAAUUCAAGGAGCAGCUUUGAAGGUUAAACAUGUAUCCAAAGACCUACAAAUCAUAUCCACCAAGCACAAAACACACACAUAUGGCUCCCUGAGCCCCUAUGGCUGGCCACAGAACUUCUCACAAGCUCCAGACCAGUACCUGUAUGGCACUCCUCCCAAAUCCAAGCCUCCUGCCAAAACCUCCCCAAAGGCCAAGAAGAUCCUGGGCUGGGGGGAUUUCUACUUCAACGUAAAAACUGUGAAGUUCAGCCUCCUGGUGACUGGGAAAAUUGUGGACCAUAUUAAUGGGACAUUCAGCGUCUACUUCCGCCACAAUUCAUCCCGUCUUGGAAACAUAUCUGUCAGCAUUGUUCCACCAUCCAAAACAGUAGGAUGGGAGGUUCUGGAUGACACCGCUGACAGCAGCAGCAGUAAAGAGUCUGUCUUGUUCCCAGAUCUGAGCCCCCCUCCGUCUACCAGCUCCACGCCUGUUGAACAUCAAAAAACCCAAAGAGACAUGAUGAUGGUGACCGAGCUUAACUGCCGGAUUGAAUACCAGCGAACCAACCGCUCCAAGAAGACCAAGCCGUGCAUGUACGACCCAGGACAGACAUGCUACUCUGAAAACACACAGUCCCAGGCAGCUUGGAUUUGUGCCAAACCCUACAAGGUUAUAUGCAUCUUUAUCGCUUUUACCGGAACAGACUACAGGCUGGUGCAGAAGGUCUGUCCGGAUCACAACUUUCAGGCAGAGCAAAACCAGCAGCACCUCGGAUGAUCAGAGACACUGAAAGUGGAACGUUUUCUGUUUAUACUGUAUAUUCUUCAUACAUCUACACAAAUCGAGAGGUUCAAAGCAAAAGAUUGAAAAAGCAUCUGGCAUAGUUUCUAAUUAGAAAAGCAUGUUUAAGGAAGCAGUUGAG